CACACCUCACCCAUGGCCUGCAACAGCCUCUGCCGUCCCUGCGGACCCACCCCGCUGGCCAACAGCUGCAACGAGCCCUGUGCCCUGCAAUGCCAGGAUUCCCGAGUUGUUAUCCAGCCUUCUCCCGUUCUGGUCACCCUGCCAGGACCCAUCAUGACCUCCUUCCCCCAGAACACCGCCGUCGGAUCCACCUCCUCGGCUGCCGUGGGCACUGAGCUCAGUGUGCAGGGACAGCCCAUCUCUGGUGGCUUUGGUGGCUUUGGCUACGGCCUUGGCUAUGGCCAUGGAUUUGGCAAUGGGCUGGGAGGCCUGGGCUGCUAUGGCAGAAGGGGCUAUGGCUACAUCUGCUAAGGGCCCUCAGCACCACUCCUGACACCAACCAACCACUCCCUGGAACUCAUCUCAGGCAUUGAGGACACACAUUCCUCUGGGCCAAGGCUCUCCAACAGGCUCAGCAAUUCCGGUUCCAUUGUUGCCUUAAGGCAUCAUCUGCUCUCAGGGCAAGGCAGCAGCCAAGGGAGUCAGUCUGGGCUGCCGGCAAACAUGGCCCAUCUGCCUCCUGUUCCUCUCCCACACCCUUUCAGCUCUGUCCAGUCCCCUCUCCUUCAAAUCCCUUCUCCCUAGUUGGACACCACUGGGAACAUUCACCAUCUGCCUGCUUCUUCUGUGGAGCAGGAAGGCCUUGCUGCUCUG